AUGGAUGAAUUGAAGGAGCUCAAAAAACAGGAGCGGCAGUUGCGGACGUCUAUGAAGGCGAUAGCGAAGUUCGUCCAAGGAUUUCGCAAAGAAGUGCAUGAGAAACAAGUCGAUGUUCGUUUAGAAACAUUGGAGAAUGCGAUGAGAAAGUUCUACACUGUGCGACGUAAGAUUGAACUGAUUAUAGACGAAGAAGAUGAAAAGCCAGAUUUAAAAGAAUCAGCUGAACAACGAGUUGAACGCUUAGAGUCAUUGGCAAUCCAGCGAGAGGAUGAAUACGAUGAAGCUAUACGGGUUGUGGAGGAGGAAUAUUUUGAAAUCAAGUCCUCUCUCAUUAUGUUGCGAGCGAGGUCAUCUUUACCAGCAAGACAGACUAGUGCUAACGAAGAUGCUACUGUUCCAAUAUCCCGAGUAAAAUUGCCGGACAUAAAGCUUCCAUCGUUUGGUGGAAAGUUGAAAGACUGGGUUACUUUCCGGGAUUCGUUUCGAAGUUUGAUUCACAAUAAUCGUCAACUUGAGGAUGUCGACAAGUUUAUUUAUUUGCGUUCCUCAGUAACUGGUGAAGCAUUUCAGGAGAUUUGUUCCGUAGAGCUUUCAGCGGACAACUAUGAAAUAGCAUGGAAGAUGUUAGAGAAAAAAUUCGAGAACAAAAAGUUAAUCGUGAAGGCCCAUUUGGAUGCCUUAUUUUCGAUUGAGCCAAUGCGAAAAGAAAGCUGCGAUGCACUCAAUAAUCUGAUCAGUGAGUUUGAUCGUAAUCUUCAAAUGCUUGCAAAGAUAGGCGAAAAUCCUGCAAACUGGUCCACGUUACUUGCACAUAUGGUGUGUUCUCGUCUAGAUACAGUUACAAUUCGACAGUGGGAAACCCAUCACAACUCCAAGGAUGUGCCAUCAUAUGAAAACUUAAUUGCAUUUUUGCGUGACCAAUGCACAGUGUUACAAUCAAUCUCCUCAACCAAACAUAGCGCAGAUGAUUCGAGACGAACCAGAAUAUCUGCUACACAUACAUCCACACAGUCCUCAAAAAGAUGUUUAUUUUGUGGAGAAUCAUUUCACCUAGUUUUUCGCUGUAACAAGUUUAGGAUGAUGACGGUGGCUCAACGUGUGGAGGAUGUGAAUCGAAAGAGAUUGUGUCGAAAUUGUUUGUCAUCAGGACAUUAUGCUGAUAGUUGUUUAAGAGGAUCCUGUAACCGGUGCGGUGAUAAACACCAUACUUUGCUGCACUAUGAAAGCACAAUCGGUGGUACUCGUCCAGUUAAAUCUACCGCUCCACCAGCUCAAGUGAGACCACACACAGCAGACCCACAACCGCAACAAACUAAAUCAAAUCCACAAAGUCAAAGACAACAUCAACUCACUCAAACACCCACACAAGUAAAGGCUACAACCUCACAUCCUGUAAUUCGUAACGAUCCUCAAACCACUCACUCACAACCCACCACAGACCAAAAGUUAUCAGCCACCUUUAAAGCUGUUACACAAGCAACACCUACAAAGAUUCUCAUGUCCACUGCGAUUAUUCGAGUGGAGGAUCAGUUUGGAAAUUCUUCAUUCGCCAGAACGUUAUUAGAUUCUUGCUCCGAGUUCUGUUACAUGACUACUAGUUUUUCGAACAGACUGAAAUUCAGGGAAUCACCUUCGUUCUUGAGGGUACAAGGCAUCGGUAACGGAACUGUUACAUCUACCAAGUUCGUAACAGCCAUCGUUCAGCCACGACUACCAUUGAUCUCAAACUACACGGAGACAAUGCAGUUCCAUAUUCUUCCAAAAAUCACCAGAUUUUUACCAAUCAGUUCGGUUCAAAUCGAUUUAAGGCAUCUCCCAUCAGAAAUUGUACUGGCGGAUCCCUCAUAUGGAAAACCAGGACCCAUCGACAUGAUUAUUGGGGCAGAAUGCUAUUACGAUCUACUCAGCAGUGGAAAGAAGAAACUCUCCAAAGAUGGACCAAUCUUACAGGAGUCAGUCUUCGGUUGGAUAAUAUCGGGGAAAGUACCGUGUCACUUAGAAAUCCCGAAAACUUCUACCUACAUCAGUUCUACCACAGAUCUCCAUGAAUUGAUUUCUAGAUUUUGGGAACUAGAAACUUGUCAUGUAAAUAGUACUCAUUCCAUUGAAGAGACUGCGUGUGAAGAGUUAUUCAAUAAAACUACCGUGCGUGAUGCAGUUGGAAAAUUCGUCGUGACGUUACCAAGGAAGCAACACGUGAUUGCUAAGUUGGGUGAAUCGAAGACUAUCGCGAAUAAACGCUUUCUCGGUCUUGAAAGAAGACUUAAUGCAAACCUCGAACUGAAAGCUUUAUAUCGAGAAUUUAUUCAUGAAUAUUUACUUAUGGGUCACAUGAAAGAGAUUUCCGAUGAAUCCUGCGAUGAAUCGGUUUACUACAUGCCGCAUCACGCAGUAUUGAAGCCAGAUAGCACAACCACGAAACUUCGCGUUGUUUUCGAUGGAUCCUGUCGUACGACUACCGGAAUCUCUCUGAAUGACGCGUUAAUGGUAGGACCCGUCGUCCAGGAUGAUUUAAUUUCAAUUAUUACUCGGUUUCGAUUGCAUCGGUUUGCGCUUGUCGCCGAUAUAGCUAAGAUGUAUCGUAUGAUCCGUGUACAACCAUCGGAUCAGCAUCUACAACGAAUUCUCUGGAGAGAAUCUGCAGAAGAGCCUGUGAAGACGUUCGAACUUACUACAGUUACAUACGGAACUGCUAGCGCACCCUAUCUCGCUACAAAAUGUUUAACCAAACUAGGAAAGGACAGCGAAGCUACUCAUCCUGUUGCUGCAAGAGUCAUCCAAAAGGAUUUUUAUGUCGAUGACAUGUUGUCAGGAGCCGACAGCCUGGAAGAAGCAAACGUAUUGAUCUCGGAAGUGAUGGAAGUAACAAGUAGUGCAGGCUUUACACUCAGAAAAUGGAAUUCGAACGCUGCUCAGCUGCUUUCUAAAUUACCAAAGCAGCUACUCGAUGAACGAUCCGCUUUGGAGUUAGAUUCGUCCAGCGCUACAGUGAAAACUCUGGGCCUAUUGUGGGACACGAGUACUGAUAGUUUUUGCUUCAACUUUCCUCAAUGGCGAUCAACCUCAGUAGCCAUUACAAAAAGAAGUAUCCACUCAGAUGCAGCUUGUUUGUUUGACCCGCUAGGAUUAGUGGGACCAGUGAUUGUCCAAGCGAAGAUUUUUAUACAACAACUCUGGCGUUUGAAGUGCGGUUGGGAUGAUCCCUUGGAGGAUGCAUUGCAAGAGGUCUGGAAGGAGUACAAACAAAAUCUGAUGGCGCUAGAUUCAUUGUCCGUUCCACGCUGGAUUGGCCGCAGUAGCGAAGUGGUAGAAGUUCAACUACAUGGGUUUUGCGGAGCUUCAGAAGUCGCCUAUGGAGCAGUUCUGUAUCUUCGUUGUAUGGUUUCGGAUGGAACUAUAACAAGCCGGUUGAUCACGUCCAAAUCCAGAGUAGCGCCAAUGGAGAAUUUGAAAGCCAAGAAAAGGAAAGUAUCAAUCCCUCGUCUCGAGCUGUCGUCUGCACUUCUACUCAGUCAUCUGUACGAGAGAUUUUCUCGUAUCUCCCCGGUAAGGACGGUUUUUCUUUGGACUGACUCCAUGAUAGUCAAGCACUGGCUAGCAUCACAACCAUCUCGAUGGCAAGCCUUUGUUGCAAAUCGCGUGUCAGAAAUUCAGCAUCUCACCAAGAAUAGCAUCUGGAAUCAUGUCCCGGGAAUUGAAAAUCCGGCAGAUCUUAUUUCACGCGGAAUCUCUCCAGCCCAACUACAGUACAAGCCUCUCUGGUUCAAUGGUCCUACUUGGUUGUCACAAGCCAGACAAUACUGGCCAACGGCUGUUGAAUCCAAACCAGAAGACAUAGAACCGACGUUGUUAGAAGAGCGAACUUCGUUAUCGUUUCCCUCACAAGCUAUUCCACCUAGUGCGAUUUUUGAACUCCGAUCAUCCUAUACCGAGCUUGUUAGACUGGUAGCGUUCAUCCUUCGCUUCCGAUUCAAUGCACAAUGUUGUAACAGAGCGUACAGAAAAACAGGAAGUAUAUCGCAUAAUGAAUUAGAGCAAGCAGUACUAGUUCUUGUUCGACUUUCGCAACGAGAGUGUUUUGCUGCAGAGUUGUGUAGCCUAUCCAAAAAUGGUCAAGUUCACGAAGGAUCCAAAAUCGUUGGAUUACACCCAUGUCUGUCUCCUGUGGGUAUUCUGUGUGUUGGCGGCCGGCUUCAUCACGCGCCAAUAUCAGUCUCCAGGAAGCAUCCAUUUAUCCUAGACGGAAGACAUCUCCUUGCAAUGCAGAUUGUGAGACACUACCAUCUUCGUCUCUUCCAUGCUGGACAACAGUUGCUUAUUGCUUCAGUGCGGGAAAGGUUUUGGCCAACUGCGAUUCAUAACUUGGUCAGGAGAGUCAUUCAUGAUUGCGUACCAUGUUUCAGGCGAAGACCAAAGGUUCUAGAGCAACUAAUGGCAGAUUUACCACCCGAACGUGUUACCCCAUCAUCACCAUUCCUGAAGGUAGGGGUGGAUUAUUGCGGUCCAUUUCUUAUCAGUUAUCCCAACCGUCGGACUAGCCCGGUGAAGAGUUACGUGGCAAUAUUUGUAUGCUUGGCAGUGAAAGCAGUUCACUUAGAGCUCGUCGCCGAUCUAACUACUCAAGCCUUCCUAGCAGCACUGAAGCGAUUUGUAGCUCGCCGAGGAAAACCGCAACUGAUAAUGUGCGAUAACGCAACAACGUUCGUCGGUGCCAAAAGAGAGCUCAAAGAACUAUUUCUUCUAUUUAACGGACAGCAAUUUCAAGACAUUGUUACCAAGGAUGCGGGAAACGAUAGCAUCGAGUUUCGUUUCAUUCCACCUCGCACACCCAACUUUGGUGGGUUAUGGGAAGCACAAGUAAAAUCGUUCAAAAAUCAUUUCAAGAAGACAAUUGGCUUAAGAACUCUGAAUAUCGAUGAAAUGCUAACAGUUUUAGCACAGAUCGAGGCCAUUCUCAAUUCGCGUCCACUAACACCGGUCAGUAGUGAUCCGAACGACUUUGAAGCGCUCACCCCAGGGCAUUUCUUAGUGCAUCGUCCAUUGACUGCGAUUCCAGAACCAAAUCUUCAGGAUAUACCAACAAACAGGAUGUCCAUGUGGCAGCGUGCGCAGAGUUUAAUUCAACAAAUGUGGAAAAAGUGGAGUACUCAAUACUUAUCUGAUCUGCACAAUCGCACCAGAUGGACUAAGCAAAGAGACAAUGUCGCAGAAGGAACGAUGGUAUUACUAAAGGAUGAAAAUGCACCACCGCAAAGAUGGAAUCUAGGACGUGUUGUAAAGGUUUUCUACGGAACUGACGGAAACAUUCGCGUCGUCAGUGUGCGCACGAAGGACGGCUGCUUUGAUCGGGGGAUCUCAAAACUUUGCGUUCUACCGAUACGAGACAACGUCAAAUCACCAUCAACAGAUAGAAACUAA